CGAAGGUGAUGACGGAGAGAAGGAGAAUCAGAGUUUACUUUUUUUACUGAAGGUUGUUUAGUUUAGCGGUUUAUCGAGUUAACGAUGCUACAUUUAAUAAGUUUAGCUGGUGCGGGAAUUUAUUAUUUAAUAAAGAAGCGAAGAGAUGGAGAGAAAACAGCGGAGCUCACGGACACACCGGGCCCCGAGGACCCAGUACAGACGGGCUCUUUGCUGGAUCCAGGCUUGAAGUGUGGGGAUGAAACACAGACGGACAGCGCUGUUCCUCAGGGGUCUGUGAGCGAGGCUGAGGAGAAGAGUCAGAAGAGGGAGGUGUCCGGUUCUCUGCUGGACAGUGAGAGGUCCAUCCUGGAGGAGCGAGUGAGGGUGCUGGAGGAAGUGCUGUGUGAGGCAGAGCGAGAGAGUGAGAGAAAACACAAGGAGUGUGAGAGAGACAAGGAGCAUCACAGUGUCCUGAAGUGUGAUCAGAUGACUUCAACACGCCUCUUGGAGUUAGUACAGGUGUCUCAGGCUGAAGUUGAUGGGAAACUUGAGUACGCUGUUCAGCUGGAAAAUGAGAUCUCUGACCUGAAGUCCCAGGUGAACACACUGCAAGACACAGUGCAGGAGCGGAGCAGACUGCUCUCUGAGACACGCAGGAAGUGUGAAAAGGCAGAAGAGAAGUGUAUGGUAAAGAAGGGCAUCCUUGAGUUCAUGAAGAUCAGGAUCAGAAAACGGGAGAGAUUGUUAAUUCGGAAAAGAAAAUCCAUUCAGGAACCUCUGGAUGAACUUGAAAGAAAAUAUACGGAGAAAAUGGAGAGAAAAGCUCAGCUGGAGAAUGAUAUCUUUGAAUUGAGGUCUGGUUUUAACAUGAAGUAUGUAGAAGUGUGCGAUUUGAAAGAAAAUCUCGGGGUGACCAAGAUGACAUUAGAGCAGACAACACAGGAGUUAGAGCAAAAAACUCGCCAGCUUGCGCAGAGAGACUCCUUCAGGAAACGUCUUAAGGAAACUGUGAUGAAGGAUCAUGAGGUUGAGUAUCUCGCUCACAGAGACCUGAAGGUGCAGUACAGUGAGAUGAAGCAACAAUGCGACAAGUUAGAAGAGGAUAAUCAGCGGUUGAGGGAGACUUACAGCACCCUGGAGGCACAGUAUGAAGAAUUAAAACAACGCCAUGGGUCACAAAUGGUGAACAGACAGCAAAGCUCAGUGCAGCAGGCGGAGGAAAAGCUCACCGCAAUACAGAGGAAGUGUGAUGAGAUAAAGAGGGAGAGGAAGAGAGAGCGGGAGGAUUACAAUCUCCUGAAGGCGCGGUACCAACAGAUGGAGGAAACUUUACAAGAGUGUCAAGAGUUACUAAAGGUCCACUGCACAGAUCCUGGAUCCAAAGGCACUACGGAUCCCUGAAGCACAAGUGACUGUCGAGGGCCGUGUUUAACACCUGGAUAAACAAAGUCAUAUGAUGACAGUGUAAUAGUACUUACUAUACAGGUACAUCUCAAAAAAUUAGAAUACCAUGAAA